AGUUGACAUUCAGCCAGGACGAUAUGCGGUGGAGAUUGGAUAAAGCGGUCAUCUCCGGAGUUGCACACCAACCCUGCAGCAGGUCGAAAGUGCCGGUUCGGCUUCGAUCGCCAUCAUGGCCGACAGUGUCCCCAUGCGGAUCAUCCGCAAUGCCUCCCGACCGUCAACACCCGUGCUAGUGAUCAUCAAGGUGCUCGUGUGCAUCAUUCCACUCGCUCAGAUCAUAAUGGGCGCGGUGCAUCUAGACGACUGCCCCCGCCAGCACUACAUUCCCAUUUACCUGAUCGUGGUGGGCAUCUUUGCCAUCAUGCUGGUGGCGUGUGUAUGCCUGCCCUGCGCCCGGGAGCCCAAAGACGGCCCCCCGAACCCGUUCUGCCGAAUCAGCCUUGGCUGGAACGCUCUGUUGGCGGUGUUCCUCGUCGCCUGGUUUAUCGCCGGUAACGUGUGGAUCUACUCCAUAUACAAGCCCAACUACUACAAGAACGUCACCAGCGCUGAGCCCUACUGCGACAAAAUACUCUACCUGUUUGCCUUCUGGACUACGACGCUGAUCUACUGUACAUCCUGGUGGUUCUGUUCGUGGUCGUCGGCUUCCUAGUCCUGGUGGGCCUUUACCUUUGCGGCCAGGCGGACCCCGACGACUACAUCUAGAACUCUCAAAUGACACCGGCUGCGGAGGUGGAGCCUGCCGCUGAGGCUGCUGUGUAAUGGGCUGAGCCUUGACGACAUCGUGACAUUGUUUUUCGUAAGAACCGAUGAUAGUUCUGAUUAUACCGAUCAGCGUUUUCAAUGUUUAUGAUGUAAUUUCUAAAGACGUGACACUUUUGUGGCAGUGUAAAGUAGUCAGAAUCGAACUCGGUAACCUCUGCACUGUGAGGUCGACCUGCUAACCACUGGCCCAACGUGCCGGCUUAAUUAUGAUAUACUGUAUUAUUCAAGGGUGGCCCGGUAGUCCAGUGGUUAGCACGUCGGCUUCACAGUGCAGAGGUACCGGGUUCGAUUCCAGCUGCGGCCUCCCUGUGUGGAGUUUGCAUGUUCUCCACGGGCCUGCGUGGGUUUUCUCCGGGUGCUCCGGUUUCCUCCCACAUUCCAAAAACAUGCAUGGUAGGCUGAUUGGACGCUCUAAAUUUGUCCCUAGGUGUGAGUGUGAGUGCGAAUGGUUGUUCGUUUCUGUGUGCCCUGCGAUUGGCUGGCAACCGAUUCAGGGUGUCCCCCGCCUACUGCCCGAAGACUGCUGGGAUAGGCUCCAGCACCCCCCCGCGACCCUAGUGAGGAUCAAGCGGCUCGGAAGAUGAAUGAAUGAAUGAAUGUAUUAUUCAAAUUCUGCAGGCUUGUUUAACUCUUUGUGGGUGCGUCAAAUUUUGCCGGUGCAUUCAUUAGCGACAAAAGUGAGUACACCCCCAAAGGAUAAAUUUGACCAAUUUAGCCGUUCUGUCAUGUAAAUACUAAAAUGUGAAAUUAGCCAAGUGUAAUUUCUUCUUGUGUUGUCCAAUGAAAAGAUAUUGUGGAAUAUUCACCUCCACCCCCCCAAAAAAAUGUCUGUCCAAAUUGAACAAACCUGUUACGUUGUUGAUUGUCCACGUGUGAAAUCAGGAAGUCUUGUACAGCUUUGAAUAACGACAACUAUGCUGAUCUCCAAUUAUGAUGUCAGAGCUCAAGUCAACAUGCUUUGUUAAAUAAAAGUACCGUAUCGAAAC